UGUCAGAUUUACCCAUAAUGCACCAGGACGUGCCCCGUUGCAUCUUGGGAUAAAGAAGGUGCUAGUAAUACGUAAGUCCUUUAGUGUGAGAUGACGAUUUUUUUUCCUCGACAAUUUUGCAGACAUUCCUAUAAACGGUGAUAGUGGGUACCUGGGCUUUGAACGUAUAGAUUACGAGGUUACGGGCCUGAAGCGUCCUUAAGAAAAAAUGGGAGCUGACAAAAGGAUUGGACGUACGGAGCGUAGUGGCAGAUACGGGUCGGAGCAGUCCCGUGAUGAAUCAGAUUGGCGCGACAGGCGUGAGAGAGACCAGGAUCGCGAUCACAGUAUGCGCCACUGGAGCGAAGAGAGACGCUUUGAGCGCUAUGAAGGAGAGCGCAGAGGCACAAGAGACAGUCCAGAGCAAAGAGAGAGAAAACGUCGCAACAGCGAUAGAUCAGAGGAUGGCUAUCACUCUGAUGGCGAUUAUCCAGAUCAAGACUACAGAAGAGAACCAGGAGAAGACAAGAAGAGCAAGACCAUCAUGUUAGGAGGUCUAGCUCCUCAUGUGACGGAAGAGGACAUUCGUUUUUCCAUUGAUCAGCUUGAAGGACCCCAGCCAGUUGAUGUCAGACUGAUGAAAAAGAGAACAGGUAUAAGCCGUGGUUUCGCCUUCGUGGACUUUUAUCACUUGCAAGAUGCUACCAGAUGGAUGGAGACCAAUCAGAAACGUCUGGUCAUCCAAGGGAAAGUGGUCGACAUGCACUACAGUCACCCUAGAAACAAGUAUGAAGACUGGCUGUGCAACACGUGUGGCUUGUACAAUUUCCGGAGGCGGCUGAAGUGCUUCAGGUGUGGCGCGGCCAAAUCUGAAAGUGAAGUGACCAAUAACACAGCAGUGUCUGAAACUCAACCGAGUGGGGAUUUCUAUGGGGACACUAUUAUCCUGAGAAAUAUUGCCCCCCUGACCACUGUGGAAUCGAUCCUGACAGCCUUAGCACCCUACGCUAACCUUUCAGCCAACAACAUUCGCCUCAUCAAAGACAAGCAGACUGGCCAGAACAGAGGCUUUGCCUUUGUGCAGUUGUCGUCCCCACUGGAGGCUUCUCAGCUGCUCACCAUCCUGCAGGGCCUGCAGCCUCCACUCAAACUGGACGGAAAAACCAUUGGGGUGGAUUUUGCAAAGAGUGCUAGAAAAGACCUGCUGCUGCCUGAUGGGAAUCGAGUCAGUGCCUUUUCUGUGGCAAGUACAGCGAUUGCUGCAGCCCAGUGGUCUUCCACUCAGCCGCAGCAGAGCUCAGACGGGAUGUCAGAGUAUGCGUAUUUGCAGGAAGGCUACACUCCGUUGUCACAGGAUUACCAGACAUACUAUCACCAGGGAGCAGCAACCAGCACCUCACAGGGAAAUGGACUCCUUGGAGCUGCUCCAGGCAUGAAGAUUCUUCCAGCUGCAGUGGGAGUUGUUCUGUCACAGAGUGCUCAAGUCUACCAACCACAUAUUAUUGCACAGCCUGCCGUGCCAGCAUUGCCGCUUGCCCAACAGCUGGAUGUAAAACCUCAUCCUGCACAUCUGCCAGCUAUAGACGCUGCAGCUGCUGGAAAUGCCGGCAGUACUUUACCAGCUGCUGGACAGACUGCAGAAACCAGCAACUCGGUUCCUGAUAUUUCCACCUAUCAGUACGAUGAGUCCUCCGGCUACUAUUACGACCCUCAAACGGGCCUCUAUUAUGACCCAAAUUCACAUUAUUACUACAACGUUCAGACGCAGCAGUACCUUUACUGGGACACCGAGAAGCAGACGUACGUUCCGGCUCCGGCCAACAUCAACACAGAACAGAAUGAGAAAACGGCUGAUGGCUCUGCGGCGAGCAGCAGCAAGGAACCCAAAGAGAAGAAGGAGAAGCCAAAGAGCAAGACUGCUCAGCAGAUUGCUAAGGACAUGGAGCGGUGGGCUAAAAGUCUUAACAAGCAGAAGGAGAACUUCAAGAGCAGCUUUCAGCCCAUCAGUCAAGAGGAGAGGAAGGAGGCGGCCGCUGCUGACGCUGGAUACUCGUUGUUCGAAAGGAAGCAGGCGGGUCUAGACCGACUCGUCCAUGAGGCGUCAAGGAUGGCUGAAGAGGAGGCCCCCGUCAGCUUAGCCGGUGCUUCUAAGUGUGGCCUUGUGGCAGCCUACAGUGGAGACAGUGACCCUGAGGAAGGAGGAGCAGAGCCUGAUGGGGAGGGAGGUCAGGACAAGCUGACAGACUGGAAGAAGUUGGCCUGUUUGCUCUGCAGGAGACAGUUUCCAAAUAAAGAAAGUUUAGUUCGGCAUCAGCAACUCUCUGACCUUCACAAGAAAAACUUGGAAGUUCUGCGCAGAUCCAAGAUGACUGAAGCAGAACUGGAGGAGCUGGAGCGAAAAGAGUCCGAGCAAAAGUACAGGGACCGAGCGGCUGAGAGGAGAGAGAAAUAUGGCAUUCCAGAACCCCCCGUGUCCAAAAAGAAGAAAUUCAGCCAGCCGGCACCUGUCAUCAACUAUGAACAGCCCACCAAAGAUGGCCUCAGCAGUGACAACAUUGGAAACAAAAUGCUGCAGGCCAUGGGCUGGAAGGAAGGCAAAGGUCUGGGGCGGAACCAGCAGGGCAUCACUGCUCCAAUCGAGGCUCAGCUGAGAACAAAAGGAGCUGGACUCGGCACUAAGGGCACCAACUACACCCUCUCUCCUUCAGACACGUACAAAGAUGCAGUCAGGAAAGCCAUGUUUGCGCGCUUCACUGAACUGGAGUGAUUUCUGUCUUGGUGAUGGACUCGUCCGCUCUGUCUGCCGCACAGGAAGCAAAUAGAAUAAAUGAUGUCAUUUCCAUGUCUGGUUUCAUUUCCAGCUGCAAACCAGAUGUUGGUCAUUCCUGUAAAGCCUGCAGAGACGUACCAUGUAGGGAUUAAUUUAACUUAGAAAUUGUACAUAUGCACAUUGGGUGUCCUUCCUGAUCUCCAUAGUUGUUUUUAUAUUUGACCAAUGGAUCCUUUUUUGUCUUGACUGUACAGUUUAUACAAAAUCUUGUGUAAUUAAGAAAAAAUAAAUGAUGGGAUGUGAA